AUGAGAAGUGUUUCUGUGGAUUAACAAAAAAAGAACUAAAUGUUCCUAUUCGUGACUAGAACUUGUUCUCAAUUCCCUUCCGUUAAUCGAAACAUUCCCAAGUUAAUCUAUACUAGAGAUAAUUUAACAAUAAAUUAUGUGUAUAAUCUCUUGUAUUUAUAUGAAAAAGGUACUUAUCAAAUUAAAAUUAGAGCUUAAAAAGGUCUCUAAACAGUAAACUGAAGCUGAAAAUAUAUUUAACUAAUUAAAUGAUUAUGCGAUGUAUCUAACAGAUAAAUUAGGACUUUACGAACUAUCUUUAUUAAUUUUUCGUUGGAUUAUUAAGCAUAAAUCAUUAUUGAAAACUUCAAAUAUAUUGUAUUUAUUCAAACAUUUAUUAUAGUUGUUUAGUUUAUAUCAAUUUGGGAUCUUUAUAUAUCAAAAUUGGGAAUAAAUAAGCAGUAAUUGCUGUAGAAAAAGCUUUAAAUUUAACCUAGGAAUUCGAUAUAAAUUUGAACGUAAAAACUUAUUCAAAUAUUGCAAAUGCACUUAAUUAGAUGAAUAUGUAAUAAUGAUAAGUUAUUUAUUCAAGGAAUGAAAAAGCUAUAUAAGUAUUAAUCAAAGCAAUAGAAUCAGGUGAUAAGAAUGGGGAUCCUGAUAAUAAAGAAAUAGAAAUAAUUUUAGUUGAGACAUAUUUUAAAUAUGCAGUGUAAUUGGAAAAGUUAAAUAAAUUGGAAGAUUCUGUAAAACAGUAUUAAAAUGGUAUAAAAAUUGCAAAUAAAUAUAUUGAUGACCACAAUCCUUAAUUUUAAAAAUUUUAUAGUUUAUAUCAAGAUGCACUAUAUAAAUAAAAUAAAUUAUCAAACAGAGCAAAACUUUUAUAAAAGGAAAGGCUUGUUAAAAUUGGCAAUCAUCCUGCUUCAAAAAUUCCUUAACAUGUCAGGUUUCUCAAAGGUAUUGAAGAAUUGUUACAUUGUGCAGAUAUUGAAGUUGAAGUAAUUAAAAAAAAAUCUUAUCAUGUUGAUAUUCUAUUAGAUAAGUAUUAAGAUUUACCAAUUAAAAUAAAUCUGAAGGAAGAUGAAUUUAGGAAAGAAAAAAAAUUAAUAAAUCAUCAAUUUAAUACUUAUUAAUUAAAAGGGCAAGAAGAAAAUAAUAUUUCUUAAUCAUAAUAAAUGAUUUAUCUUCAAAGUUUUAUCGUUAAAAAGUUUCAAAAAGAAGCCAUUUAAAAUAAUAUAUAAUUUAAGAUAGAUUAGGAACUGUAUUAAUAUGAAGUCGAGUGUGAAUAAGAAUAGGAAAAGGCUGAUAAGUUUUUUUAGAAAUUAAAAGUCACUUUAGAUCAUAUUAUAAUAUUAACUUUUAAAUUUGAUUCAACUGAUGAAAUUACAAAGAUUUAAGGAUUAUUAGGUUUAGAUAGAAUGAAAAAAAAGUUAAUUUAAUAACUUAAUAUCAAAAAAUUUGAUUUAUUAUUGUCCUCUAAUAUUUCUUUAGAAGAUUUUAAAAACGUUGUUCCACUACAAAAUAAAGCUUAAGAAUUAAAAAUUAAUUCAAAUUAAAUCAUUUUAAUAUGUUAAUCGAAAUAAUUUUAGAAAAUUAAAAUAUUGUAAAAGUAACUAAAUGAUUUUGUUUAACAAUCUAAUAAAUUUUAACUAAUUAUAGAGCCUUUUGAAAUUAAUUUAACUUUUCCUCCCGAUCAAAAUUAUGUUGCAAAAAAAAUAAAACAACUUUAAGAUUAAGAAGAACGGCUAGAAAUUAUUUUAUAACAAUCACUUCAAAUAGAAAAAAAAAAGAUGUUUUUUGUAAAGGUCACAAUUUAAAUAUGGAUUUAAGAAGCAGAUAUGAAAUAUAAAGGUUAUUAAAAUGAAAUUUCAAGGUUAAAAAAUGAAAUUAUGCUAAUAUUUUUCCCUAUUAAGUAUAUAACUUUAACUGAUAAAUCCAAAAUCAUUCUAUGGGAUUAAUUUUUGAGGUUAUUUUAUAUGAACAAUCCUUUAGAAUGUUGGACCAUCCAUAAAAAUAAUGAAUUGAUGAUAAUUGAAAUUUAAGGAGAAUCAGAUAUGAUAAAUGAAAAAUAUCUGUAGAUUUAUUCAGAUUUAAAUGAGUUUUCAUGCUCAAUAUUUUGCUUUAAUUGCUAAGAAUAAAUUAUUAAGAUCCUUAAAAAGAAAUAAAAAUUUGAGAACUUAUACAAAUCAAACUUUGCAUCAAUUGCUAAUUAAUUUGGAAAAUGUUUACUCAAAAUUUCUGGUGUUAAUGUAACGGAAUCAACCAUUUAAGUCACUAUAUUUCAUAAUCAAUAGUUAGAUUUAUAACUAAUAAAAUAACAAUUAUAAGAAUAAUUUUUUGAUUAAUUAAACUACCACAAAGAGAAUAAUUUUGAUAUUGAAGAUUUAUGGCAAUUUUUAGGGAUAGAAAAAUAAAUAUUUCUCGAAUAACAUAAAAUAACUGUAUCUAAAAUGAACAAAGAAUACUAUUUUAUUGGAUUAAACAAAAAUUUAAAGGAAAUUAAAGAACAAUUAACACAAAUAAAAAAACAUAUAUCAGAAAAUUUAAUAGCUAAAAGCAUCGAUUGUCCAAAAAUUCUUAUUUUUAAUCGACUUAAAUAAUAGUGGUUAGAUGCACAUUUAUAAAAUGAAUAUUUUUAGAAUAUUUAUGUGAAUUAUUCAUAGGAAUUAAAAAUUAUAUUACACGCAAAGGAUUAAUUUUAAUUAAAUGAAAAAUAUAAUUCUAUUUGUGAAGAAAUUAAAUAACUUGAAAAAAAAACAGUUAGUAAAAUAUGUAGAUUUUAAGAAAAGCAAACUAAAUUUUUUGAAAAGCAUUUAAAAAUAUUUUCAAAAUAGUUAGAAAAAUAAUAUAAUAUCAUAUUUGAAUUUGAUAAGAAAUUUAGUUACUAAAUUUUAUCCUAAUUAGAAUAUGGCUCUAAAAAAAUUUAGCUUAUCUCAACUGACAUUACUUUAAUUGAAUGUGAUGCUAUUGUUAAUUUUAUUAAUCAUAUUGCUGGAUAGAGCAAAGGAUUAAAUUAACAUAUUUUGGAUUUUGGCGGUGGAGCAUAUUAAAAAUUUAUUGAAAAUGUUAUUCAAAGUACCAAAUAAUUCGAUUAAAUUGAAGUUGCUGUUUUUGAACUGAGUUAAUUUAGACCAACAAGAUAUAUAAUAAAUGUGUUUAUUCCUUUAGACAUUAAUGGAAAUUAAGUAUAGUAUGGAUAAAAUUUAGAAAGAAACAUUGAAGCUUUAUUUAAUAAAAUUGAGAAUAAUAAUUAUCAUAUUUAGACCUUAACUAUACCUACACUGAUUGGAGAAAAUAAAAUUUAGAUAGAUAAUUACAUUACCAAUAUAUAUUUGGAUUGCAUUAUUAAUAGAUUUUUUCAAAGUAAUAAUUUGAUUAAAAAAAUUAUUUUAAAUGAACCCAAUUAUUUAUAAAUUGAUUAAUUUAAUCUCAAUUUGUAGAGAACAUUAGCAGGCUAACAAAAUAAUGCAAAGUUUUAAUGGCAAUGGAAAAAUGACAAAAACUUUGAAAAUUAUCCUUUGGAUAUUAAUUCUUAAAUAGAUAAUGGAUAUAUACAAUUUUUAUCAUCAAACUAAGAAACAACUGUGGCCUUAAACUAUUAAAUUACCUCUUUUCCAAGUACACAUUUGGUAAAUUUACAAAAUUCAAGAAUAUAAGAAUUAUCAUCUACUUAAUAAAGUAACCUAAUAAUCAAGUAUUAAGGCAUCAACAAGAAAUAUUAUAUCAAUAAUGAAUAUGUUUAAGAUCCUUUAAAUAAUUAUUUCAUUAUUUAAGAGCAAAAUUAAAAUUUUUAAUUUUAUAUAUUUUGGAAGAAACUUGAUAUUGUUUUUAAUUAAGAAGGAGUUUACUAAAUUAAUAGAAUUACAAAAUAUAAAAGAGAAGUAUAAAAAAUCCCUAUAGUUUAAAAACAUAAUGUUUUAGUUGGUUAGAAUUAUAGUUUCAAAACUAAGAUUAACUAAAAAAUUGAAAGUUAUAAUUCAUUUUUAAUCUAAUCAUUUGAUCAAAAAUUAAAUGAAAAAAUUUUGAAAGAAAUUAAAACUGAAUUAUAAAAAUACUUAACUCAAUUAAAUAUAUAAAUUCCUCACAUAGGUGAUUAAGAUUUAGAAAAAUUCUCAAACUUUUUAGAUUCAGUUACAUAGAGAUUUGAUGGUAAUAUUACUUAAGGAUAAAAAAUUAAAAUUGAGAUUUUUAAAAACAAGGAAAGAAAAGUUCAAGCUUAGAUAGAAUUAAUUAUGAAUUAUGUCAAGCAAUAUCCAAAGAAAUGGAUUAAAUAAAGUGACAAUUUUAUUAAAGUUCCCCUUUAAUAAAAUUCAAAGGAAUUUUGUAAAAUCUAAUAGAAUUUUUAGAAAACUGAUAAUGGAACAAUAACAGCUAUUAAUAGAAUUUAAAAUUAAUCUUUAUGGGAAAACUAUAUAUAGGAAAGAAAUAAAUUAUUUGGUAUCCAUAAAAAUUAAAAAAAUAUUUUAAAUAAAAUUGAAUAAAAAAGAUACCUAUGGCAUGGAGUCCAUUCUUAACAUCCUUCUGUGAUUUAUAAAAGCUAAAAAGAAGGGUUUGAUGUUACAUUUAGUUAAGUAAUUAUAUUAUGAUUCUAGAUUGGUUUAUGGGGAGAUGGUAUCUAUUUUGCUGAAAAUGCAGCUUAUUCAAGAAACUAUUCUUAUUAAAUAACUUAAUAAGACGAUCCAAAUCAUGUAGGAAUGAAAGUAAUGUUAUAUUGUUUGGUUACAACUGGUAGAGUCUAAGAAACAGAGGAGAAUAGGAAUAUAAGAAGGCCAAACUAAGGAUAUGAUUCUAUAAAAGGUUAGACUAAUGGAAGCUAUGUAUAUAUUCUUUAUAAGAUGGAUGUAAGAAGAGCUUACCCGGCGUAUGAAGUAAUUUAUUAAUGA